GUGCUUGUGGUAUUCUGUAUGCUUUUAGAAUUAUUACCAAAUGUUGAAGGAAAGAAAAAAUUCCCAAAGUGCUCAGUGUGUAAAACUAUUACUGACGAUUUUAAAACAGGUUUAGAUAAAACUGUCAAAUCAAAUUAUGGUGGAGGCAAUACCAACUGGGAGGAAAAAGCUUUAGGAUCAUAUGCAAAAAGUGAAAUAAGACUAGUUGAGGUGAUGGAAUUCUUGUGUAAAGGAGGAGAUAAAGAGUGUCAUCAUUUAUUAGAGGAACAUGAAGAACUUGUUGAAAAAUAUUGGUUUGAAGAAUUUGGAAAAAAAGACAAUUUGGAUAUUUAUAAAUGGCUGUGUAUUGAGCAAAUCAAAGCAUGUUGUCCUGAGAAUACUUAUGGUCCAAACUGUAUACCUUGUACUGGUGGAGCUCAGAGACCUUGUUCUGGAAAUGGUAAUUGCGAUGGUAAUGGAACUCGAAAAGGAAAAGGAACCUGUAGUUGUUAUCAUGGUUAUAAAGGAGAUUUGUGUGAUGAUUGCUCUGAUGAUCAUUUUGAAGAAUCUAGGAACACAACUCAUGUAGUCUGUCAGAAAUGUGACCAAUCGUGUAAAUCAGGAUGUUAUCAAGCUGGUCCUACAGGAUGUGAAGAAUGUAAUACUGGAUAUGAGUUAAUAGAUGAAACAUGUACUGAUAUAAAUGAAUGUACAUCUACAACUAAACAAUCAGACAAUUUAAGUGUAUGUGAAGAAGGGAAAGAAUGUGUCAAUAAUGAAGGAUCUUUCACUUGU